AAGCUAACUAUUGCUAGCUGCAAGUUCAACCGGGAUGAGAGAGGGAACAGCCAGGUUCUUUAUUUUCAGGAUCCCAGGUCAGAAGAGUCAUGCGGACAGCGGGAGUAUCUGUAGCUGAGAGUUUUGGUGCUUCGUGGUCGGGUUUCGGUGGAGCAGAGACGACGCCCCGACUGCUGGAUUAGCCAGGAGCCGCCGCCAUUACCAGUCGACGCUAGCUAGCUAGCUAUUAGCACCAACGAAGGCCUUCAGGGCCUGGGGCAAUGCAUUCACUGGCUCAGGAAAUUCAGGGCUUCUCCAAAAACCUCCUGAAGAAGCAGUCCACGCGCGUCACCACGGUGACGGGCAGGAAGUUGCUGGAAAAGAGGUGUGAUGGAGCAGAGGGUGAGGUGGAGCAGGUGGAGGAGCUGGAAGAAGAAGGCAGGUGUGGAUUUGUAGAAGAUACUAGCCUUGAUCUUCAAGUCGGGGUAGUCAGACCCUUUCUGCUGCUAGCCUCUCAGGAUGCAGCCCACGACAUCGACACCAUGCAGAGAUUUAAGGUGUCCCAUGUGCUAAACGUGGCCUAUGGAGUCACCAACCUGUUUCCAGAUCAGGUGGUCUAUAAGACGCUUCAGAUCCUGGACCUUCCAGAGACUGACCUCUCGUCUCAUCUGGAGGAAUGCAGCUCCUUUAUAGACCAGGCCAAAAAGCAGGGCGGAGUGGUGAUGGUCCACUGUAACGCAGGUGUGUCACGCUCCUCCUCCAUUGUGAUUGGCUACCUGAUGUUAAGGGAGGGGCUUUCAUUUGAUGAUGCGUACAACCAGGUGAAGCUGGCUAGACCUUCAGUUCGACCAAACCCCGGCUUCUAUCAGCAGUUACAGAACUACAAGCCUUAAAGGACGACAGGACAGCUCCAUCUGUUCAAAUAACAGUCAUGGGAUCUAAUGCUAUGUUAACAAUAUAAACUCUAUGGUACUGCAAUGUUUUCUCCAUAAGCUUUGACCUGAAGCUGAACCAUGAAAAUCUAUUUACUGUAUGUCUUGCUAAUCUAACCGUUUUGUAUGUCUAAAUCAUUUGUGAAAUAAACAUUGCAACUUGCUCUGUUAUUUUAGUGAGAUUGUGGGUUUUCUGUACUUGUUUGGUUCAUUUUUAGUCCUCAUGUCUUGGUGUCAUGCCCAAACAUUUGGAGGUAAAAAAACCCAAAAAACAAUAUUAUAAAUGAUAGCCUUAACAUCUUUAUUUCCAAUUGAUGGAAGGACAUAAGAACAGGACACGUUUUGUGGGUUUUGUUCAUUUCAGUUUAGAAAGUACCACACAGUUAUGACCCAGUUCUCCUCAGGCAGUGCUGCUUGGGGUGUUGUGUGAUUUCAGCACACUCUGUCAGUCUAGUUUGCUGCUAAACAACAUCAGACUUAUUAUUCUACUGUUUCAGAUCUUGUUGUUUUGCCUCAUUACAACAGGCGAUGUGCUAGAUUUUCAGUCCCACCAAGUUAACGCGCUCAUCCUCAUUUCUUUGUGGUUUGAGUCAGCCGCAGCGUGCUGCCGCUCAGGAGAAGAAGAGGUGGAGGUUGGUUAUGAGCCAGACACUUGGAAGAGCAGAAAAGUUCAGCCAAAUUGGUUGCUAUUCCUCCUGGCCCUAUAAAGGUCAUAGAUUAUUUAGCACCACUUUAAAGCCGUGGACUGAUUACAAAGAUCAAGCUUCCUUCUUGGUUAAAAAAAAAAAAGUAGUUAAAAUUA